ACGAGAAAAUGCUAACUUCCGGAUUUAUUACCGGAAGUUGAAGUGUUUACUUCCUGUCGCUAGUCUGCGCUAUCCCCCCGCACUGAGAAAAUGAUGUCCAAAGCAAAAAGGAUCGUAACCUGUCAAAAAGCUGAAGGUGGGAACAACUUUUACUGUUCUGUGCCGCUGUGUACCGCCGGGGGUAGGUUCAACAAAGUGCUGAGCUUCCACAGAUUCCCCAAAGACCCGAGUUUGCGCGCUCAAUGGCUAGCAAAAAUAAGAAGGAAAGACUUCACCGUGAUGGCUAACUCUUCAGUUUGCAGCAGGCAUUUUAAGACUGGGGAAAUUGUUUUAUCGGCCAAAGGGAGGCGAAAACUUAAACCCGGAACGGUUCCAUCUAUUUUUCCGUGGACCAAGCCAUCGAGGCCAGGAGUGUGGGAACGCUGUCCUCGGGCAGCCGCAACAGGAGGAGAAGAUGGCGCCGCGGAUGACAACUCUGCUGCGUCUGGCAGCAACACAGGCAUGGAGAUGGACUGUGAGCCUGCUCAAACUCCGCCUGUCCCCAUGAUUGAGGACCACGACUACGCGGAGAGUCCUUUCAUCACCGUGGACCGCAGUAAAUACACUGACAUGUGUAAAGAGAUCGAGGAGCUCAGACAGCAGCUUGAGUCUCAGCAUCUGACCCUCAGAUUUGGGCUGCAGCGGUUCGCCUCAUCCAAAGAGGAUAUUCGUUUCUAUACCAGAUUUCCAUCAUAUGAGCAUUUGAUGGCAUUCUGGUAUCUUAUUCAAGAGGCAACCACCAGGAUGGUGAGGGUGAACAGUGCUCAGAGAAAUCUUUCCAGCAGCACAUCCACUGAAAGCCCUGUGACCAGACCAACUAAAUUGUUGCCAAUUGAUGAGUUAUUCCUCUUUCUAAAUUAUCUUUCCACUGGCUGCACUCAAAGAGAGCUCGGCCACAAGUUCAACAUCCACAGAGCCACAGUGAGCAGGAUCAUUGUAACGUGGGCCAACUUUCUUUACACUCUGCUUGGGUCUGUUUCAAUUUGGAUGACAACUGAUGCAGUCAAAGCAAAUCGGCCUGUAGACUUCAAUGGGACUUAUGAAAACACUCAUGUAAUUUUGGACUGCACAGAAAUGAGAUGCCAAACUCCUUCCUCACUUCUACUACAGAGUGAGGUUUUCUCGACCUACAAGUCGCACUGCACCUUCAAAGCCCUGAUAGGCAUGUCCCCCCAUGGAGCACUGACUUUUGUGUCUGCGCUGUUUGAGGGUUCCAUCAGUGACAAAGAGAUCUUCCGUCAGUGUGGCAUCACCUCCCUUCUAACCCCUGAAAUGGAAGCAAUGGUGGACAAAGGGUUUCUGAUCGAUGAGCUGGUGUCUGGGAAAGUUCACCGUCCCGCCUUUCUGUCCAAGGAGGAGCAGAUGCCUGAGGUGGACGUUCUCAGGACUCAGUCCAUAGCUCGCCUCAGAGUCCUAAUAGCAGCUUUGGUGUGCGUGAACCUGUCGGUGAUGAGCAAGAAUGAAGCGACAGUGGAGAGUUCUGCUUCAGGAAGAAACCUCUGGCAGAGCCAGACUCAGCAUGGCGGUCUUCUGCCAGAGCGGUUAAGAUGUGACGGGGAACGCUCAAUUGAGCAGAACAAAGCUGGCAGCCUCAUUAUCAUAGGCCUCCACCGAGCGGAUAAGGUAGGGAUGCCUGAGCGCGGGAUGAUGGGACCUGAGCUGGCUGCUAAUGGUGAUGCUGCCUGCCAGGCCGGCCGCUAUCCUGACAUAUCAGGUGAUCAGUCAACUCCAAGACAAAACUCUCGCUGCCUGGAGCCUACCUGUCUGCCCCCUAACUGGUCAGAAUACCCCCUGAGCAGACGUCGUCUGACCCUGAAGACACAGACCCAUUUAAAUCUACAGGCGCCCAGCAGGAAUCAUCGGGUGGGCAUCGAAAUACCCUUUAUGGAGCUGAGCACCGAACCUGCCGUCAGGAACAACAACCUGGCUGAAACAGAGGCAGAGUUUCUCAGGAGGAAAGUAACAGUUACCCUGACCAGCAUCAAAUCCCCUCCUUCCAAUGUCACACCACAGGAAAUGAAAUCCAUAACGUCCCUCAGCCAGGACCAAAGCAUCACCAUAUUACCAGCAGAAAGGAUGAUGCACUGUGGUCCUCAACACCUCCUACUACCAGGACACAACUCUCACUCUACUGAGUGA